GCGGCCGCCAAUGCGGAGAGCCAACUAGUUGCCGCUCGUUAGACGUCGUCAAUGGUAUUCGAUAUAAAAGUGCAAUUGGGGUUCGCAGCCAACGCAGAUUGUUUUGUGGCUUGGAGUGGGACGUGCGCGUUUUGUCCAACGAUACCAAAGUGAAGUGUUAUUCAGCUCGCGUAGAAGCAAACCGUCUAUAACAAUGCAGCUUUUGCUCGUGGUGGCCACGGUCGCGAUUUGUGGCGUCGUUCAAGCGCAACAGGGCGUCGAUCCCGCCUAUUUGCGUCAGUAUUACCAGCAGCUGCAGCAACAGCAGCAGCAGCAACAGCCCUCCGAUGGCACGCCCAUCUAUGAGCAGAACUCCGAGCAGACGCAGCAGUACGUGAGCUCCGGCCAGCAGAUCAGGAUUAAGGACACGGUGGCGGAGCAGAUACGUGCCCAGCAACAGCAGUCGCAGGGAUAUGUGGCGCCAGCGGUUAGGGAUUAUCUGCAGCAGCCACAGUACCAGUCUCAGGCGCAGCCGAGCGUCUAUCGCCAGCCACAGGCAGCCCCAGCGCCGCCGCCGCGUCGCGUCCAGCCCGCCUACCAGGCCUCGUCUGCGCCGCUGCUCGGCAAAGGACAACACAAACUGCAGUCGCACCAGCAGCUGCAGCAGCAGCAGCAGCAGGCCGAGGAGGAGGAGCAAUACGAUGAUCAAAACUCCUCGUACCAGUUUGGCUUCGAUGUGAAAGAUGACGAGUUUACCAACUAUCAGAAUCGCAAGGAAGUUCGCGAUGGCGGGGUUAUCAAGGGCAGCUAUUCUGUGGUCGAUUCCGAUGGCUUCAUACGCACGGUCAAAUAUACAGCCGACCCGAAGGAGGGCUUCAAGGCGGAGGUCAUACGCGAACCCACCGACAUUGUGGUCAAAAUACCGACGCCACCGCCGCCAACGCAGCUGCUCCGCUCCGGCCUCCACAAGGCACCCCAGGAAUACAGCCAGGCUAAGCAGCAGUACCAGCAUCAGCAGCACCAGCAGCAGCAGCAGCAGCCGCAGUAUCAUCAGUACCAGUAAGAGGAGGCUAGCAGCUCAUUCACUAUACUCAUAACUUCUUGAAAGUUCCAUGUAGAUUGCAGCGUACAUAACAUUAUUCAGUUUACAUCAAUACAUAUAUGUAUCCAUAACGUAC